AACAGUGUUAAAAGUGUUUGUGUGAUUCAAAAAAAAUAAUAAGUGAAAAUGCCUCCUAAAACCAGUGGUAAAGCAGCAAAGAAGGCCGGCAAAGCCCAAAAGAACAUUACCAAGGGCGAUAAGUCGAAGAGACGUACCAAGCGUAAGGAGAGUUACGCUAUCUACAUUUACAAAGUGUUGAAGCAAGUCCAUCCCGACACCGGUAUCUCCUCCAAGGCCAUGAGCAUCAUGAACAGUUUCGUCAACGAUAUCUUCGAACGUAUUGCCGCCGAAGCCUCUCGUUUGGCCCACUACAACAAGCGCUCGACCAUCACCAGUCGGGAAAUCCAGACCGCCGUCCGUCUAUUGUUGCCCGGUGAAUUGGCUAAGCACGCCGUCAGUGAAGGUACCAAGGCUGUUACUAAAUACACCAGCUCCAAGUAAAUGUCUUGAUAUUUUUCAUUUUCAUGCGUCGAAAUACUACCUUAAAAGGCCCUUUUCAG